GCACUCGGCACCCUCGAGUAAACCCUCGGAGACGAGCACACCCAGCGGGUCUGUUCGGAGAAACUCAUGUUUCUAGAGGGAGAGCGGAUUAUGAACGCGUUCGGGCAGCAGCCGUCGAGCCAGCAGACCAGUCCUCUCCAGCACCACAACGCACAGGACAUCCUGGACAUGACCGUGUACUGCGACACCAACUUCAGCAUGUACCAACAGAACCUCCACCAUCACCACCACCACGCGCAGAGGCCACCUGCGCAUCCUUCCAGCUACGGCCUGGGCGAAUACACCUCAGCCACAGCCAACCCUUACCUGUGGAUGAACAGCCCGGGUAUCACCUCAUCCCCCUACCUCUCAGGUCCGAACGGAGGCUCUUACAUUCAGCCAGGAUUUGGGUCGAACCAGCGGCAGUUUCUUCCUCCUCCCACGGGCUUUGGAAGCGCGGAUCUCGGUUGGCUGUCCAUUUCAAGUCAGCAAGAACUUUUCAAGAUGGUUAGACCGCCUUACUCAUAUUCAGCGCUGAUUGCGAUGGCUAUUCAGAACACGCAGGAUAAGAAACUGACGCUCAGUCAGAUUUAUCAGUAUGUGGCGGACAACUUUCCUUUUUAUAAGAAAAGCAAAGCCGGAUGGCAGAACUCCAUAAGACACAAUCUAUCCUUGAACGAUUGUUUUAAGAAAGUAGCGCGGGAUGAGGACGACCCUGGAAAAGGAAAUUACUGGACUUUGGACCCCAAUUGCGAGAAAAUGUUCGAUAACGGCAACUUCAGAAGGAAGAGGAAGAGAAGAGCUGACGGAAACGGCAGUAGCCUGUCGGUAAAAUCUGAGGACGCGCUCAAAUUGGCGGAAACGGCGAGUCAGAUGAGCGCGUCUCCGCAGAGCCUCCAGAACUCUCCGACCUCAAGCGAUCCCAAAUCUUCCCCCUCACCGUCCGCAGAGCACACCCCGUGUUUUAACAAUUUUAUCGGUAACAUGAACUCAAUAAUGGCUGGAAACGGCAACGGCAUCAGAAGCAGAGACGUCAGUUCUGGACACUUGGGGGACUUUACGCACGGCAUGUCUGGACAUGAAACUGUCUCUUCAUCAGAACCAGGACAUCUCAGCACCAACAGACUGAACUACUACUCAGCGUCCCAUAAUAACAGUGGCUUGAUCAACUCGCUUUCCAACCAUUUCAGUGUCAAUAACCUCAUAUACAGCCGGGACGGAACAGAAGUUUAGAGUUUGUGAACCUCUGUGCUCUGUGAGUACAUGGACAAUAUGUUCUUACUUAGACUUCAUUUCUAUACACGCUCACCUCAGUCGCACAGUUCAUUUUAAUUCAGACUCUGGUGUUUUGGGAUGCAUCAGCAAGUGGAUUUGCAUCAUUUAUAUUUAUUCUGCAAUGAAUAAAUGUAACCUUGCACCUAACUGUGAUACUUAUCAAGUCAACAUGUCUAUUUCCUAGGCCACCAUAACAAGUGCCUUCAGUUUUUUGUAGAACAAAUGUAGAUAUAUUUUAUUUAAAUGGAAUGUUUUGGAUUUGUAAAUAAACGUGCAUAUA